AUGGAAAAUGAUUUGGAGUCGUUCUUCCUUGCUCAAAAUGUCGAAACACAGCGCGAUAAGCGUGCGCAAUUAGCGUAUCUUGGUGGGCCAGGACUUCAGGAAUUGUUACGCCAUUUGCCCGGGGUUAAUCAAGUCCCACAUGUAUCGAAUGAUCCACCAUAUUACGACGUUGCAAUUAAAAGCCUGAAUGAUUAUUUUGAACCGUUCCGUCGCAAGACGUAUGAGCGGCACAUCUUUCAUCAGAUUGUACAAAACCCUGAAGAAAGAUUUACGGAUUUCGUUAUGCGUUUGCGAAAGCAAAUUUCGAGGUGCAAUUACAAUGCGUGCGUUGUGGACGAACUAAUUGCUGAUCGCAUCACGCAAGGAUGCAAGUCGCAGGAACUUCGGACAAAACUUCUUCAGAGAGAUCGAUCGCUUGAGGAGAUCGUUGCGUUAGGAACCAGUAUGGCUGAAUCGUGGGAUCAGUCAAAGAAGCUGGUAAAACCCAAUACACAAACAAGACCUGAAUUCGAAGUUCAUUCUGUAGCAAAACCGCCUUUCCGUUCGUUUACUCAUCGAAGAGCAACCAACUCACCUGGUUUUCAAUAUCGGAAGCAGUCUGAUCGCCAACAGAACAAUUUCAAUUGCUACGGUUGCGGUCGGCGAGGUCAUGUUCAAGGAAGCAUCGAGUGUCCGGCAAAGCAGACUAAAUGUGCGGCAUGUGGCAAACUCGGUCACUGGGCAAAGAGAUGCUAUGCUGCAAGGCAAGGGUUUAAGCGCCGUGCCAAUGACAAUUCCUCAGAACCACAAGCCAAACGUAUUCGUGCGGUCCAGGAGGAAAUUGAAGACGGUCAACCGAAAGACUUUGUGUUUUAUGCGAUGGGACGAAUUGUUUUCAAUUUUUAUGUAGGCGGAGUCUAUAUUCCCAUGACGAUUGACUCCGGCGCAGAUGCUAACAUUAUCAAAAGGAGUGUUUGGGAGCAAAUGAAGGAAGCGGGAGAAUGCAACUACAAAGUAGGAGCGAAAUUUUAUGUUCUUGAGGAUGGCCUACGUUGCUUGUUCGGUGACCAAACAGCCAAGGACCUACAAGUUCUUAAAGUUGGAUAUGACAUUGAAGCAAUCGACACACAACGCUGCAGCCCGUUUCCAAAACUGCGAGGUGUGGAGGUAGAAAUACCGAUCAACGACCAAGUACAGCCAGUGCAACAGCCGUAUCGACGUCCACCAAUUGCGAUGGAAGAAAAGAUUGAGGAGAAACUUCGAACACUGCUAGAGCUCAACAUCAUCGAGCCUGCUCCAGGGCCAUCACCAUGGGUGUCACCUGUGGUGCCCGUGCUUAAAGAUUCCGGAGAAGUUCGCCUCUGUGUCGACAUGCGACGGGCUAAUCAAGCGGUCCUCCGGGAAACACACCCUUUACCGCUUGUAGAUGAGUUGUUGUCGUCAGUAUCGGGGGCAGUACUGUUUUCCAGACUUGAUAUCAAGGAUGCCUAUUAUCAGGUGGAGCUGUCCGAAAGGUCAAGACCGAUUACAACAUUUAUCACCAAGUAUAAACGCUUGAUGUUCGGGGUCAGCUGUGCCCCUGAAAUAUUUCAGAAAACAAUGGAGACAAUUACAGCUGGCCUCGAAGGAGUUAUCGUAUACCUGGACGACACUAUCGUGUUCGGCUCUAGGUCUGCCAACCUUGCUGACGUUUUUUCGAGACUGUGCGAACAAUCUCCCGAGCCUUUUGAUGAAAAAGGAGAGGAGUACAUUCGGAAUGUGGUGGCACAAUCAGUCCCCAUCGCAGUCACAUUACAAAAAGUUAAGGAAGAAACGGCUAGUGAUGAGGAGCUUCAACAGGUACUAAGGUGUCUUCAAUCAGGGUCAAUAGAAGGACUGCAAAAAGAAUACAAACCGUAUGCAGAUGAGCUUUGUAGUUUCGAUGGUGUUUUGCUAAGAGGUAGUCGACUGGUGGUUCCUUUUAAACUACGCGAAGAAGUUUUAAGUGUGGCUCACGAGGCGCAUCCGGGGAUUGCGGCUAUGAAGCGUCGCCUGCGUCAAAAAGUUUGGUGGCCGUGCAUCGACAAGCAGGUUGAGCAAAUUGUGAAGAAAUGUAAGCAGUGUAUACUUGUUUCUUCUCUUGGGCCACCGGAGCCUUUAAAGAGUACUAAAAUGCCUGAGAAACCAUGGGUUGAUAUAGCGGUUGAUUUCAUGGGACCACUCCCUUCGGGCCAUACACUGUUCGUGCUAGUGGACUACUACAGUAGAUUCACAGAAACAAUUGUUAUGAAACAAAUAACGGCGAAACGCACAGUACAGGCUCUGCAUGAGACUUUUAGCAGAUUUGGAGUGCCUGAAACUAUUAGGUCGGAUAAUGGACCACAGUUUGUGAGCGAGGAAAUGCGUUUAUAUUGUAAUGAAUAUGGUAUAACACUGAGGAAAACAACGCCGUACUGGCCACAAGCUAACGGUGAAGUGGAACGGGCGAACAAAACAAUAUUGAAACACCUUAAGAUAAGUCAACAGACAGCAAGGGUGGCACCUUCAAUGUUGAUGUUCAAGCGAUUGUUCCGAGAUAAGCUACCCAGCUACAGUGAACAACCCAAUGGGGAGGAGGAGGAGAUAUUAGAUAGAGACAGGGAAAGGAAACAGAAAGAUGCUGAUUAUGCGGAUGGCAAACGUCAUGCAAAGACCUCAGAUAUUUCAGAGGGGGAUACUGUUGUGGUGAAACGAGUUGUGAAAGAGAAUAAACUCUCGACAACAUUUGCACCCGAAGAGUAUACAGUGACAAAACUAGUAGGAUCAGAAGCAACGGUUAAAUCUAAUACUUCGGGACGAGUGCUGCAAAGAAAUGUGGCGCAUCUGAAGCCACUCCCUGUACCGGAAAAUUCAUCAAACAAUGAUUUAUCUGGCAAUGUACCAACUGAGUUCCUUUCUUCGAAACAAAAUAACAGAAAUGAAGCGGGAGCCGAAUUUAGUGGAAUACGAAAGGAUAUGAGAUCGAAUCGAGGUUUGCGGAUGUUACGGAGACCAGGAUAUCUGAAGGAUUACCACACUGACACAGUAUACGACGUUUAA